CCCAAACUCUCCAGUCUCCAUUCCCUUCACUGACCUGUGAAUUGAGUGCUCCAACGCCAUUGUUGAGGAUGAGAAUAAUGAGCGCUUGGCAGGUACUAAAAGGGGAGUGGAAGAACAGAAUGAAUUGCGUAUGUGUGUCAAAGGGUUUGAGGUUAGGAGGUUCAGCAAGUUAAUGAUUCUAAUGCUGCCCAUUAUACGGCUGGUGUAGAGGAGUUUUAUGAUAUACCAAGCUUGAUUGCUUGGCCAGAUUGGUGGAGAAGAGUUCUGCCAAAGUUUCUGAGCAGAUGGGAAUAUGAACAACUAACAUCUUUAGAUAUGUACAAUUCUAGGCUUCAUAACUCAGUUGGUUCCUAGGGGUAGAUUGUGAGCAUAGUGGACUCAUUGUGGGCACAAGGCACACUCGUCCUGGUUCUCUCACCUAAUAGGCCGUUCAGUCAUAAUGAUUUACCCUUCACUAUCCUGUUGGGGCUGAGGUGAGGGAAUUUCGCCUUUUGUGCUGAGGAUAAUCAUAAUAUGAAAUUGAAGCAUAAAGUUGCUGGCCUGGAAAGAAUGUCUUUUGUUGCUUCCCAAGACAACUGUAGUAUAUUGGUAUUCUUGAAAAAUACAAUAUAAUUACUCUAGAAAGGAAAAAAGGCAUUUCUUGGUCAGCAAGAAUGGUAAGGAAACGUCCUUGUCUUCCCUUGUAAUCCUAUUGGCCAAGGACCAUAUAAACUACAUAUGGUUAUAACAAUACUGGGAGUUUUCAGUUUGGGUGACGAGAAAACCCACCGCCACUAUCUGAAGGUAUGCCCUGAAAGCUUGAUGUUGAUUCAAAUAUAAAUCAUAUAAUGGCUGAUGGGGAGAAAAGGAAAUCAAGAAUGCGGCGCAAUGGGAGUGAAUCGGUGGAGGAGAUAUUGUUAAGGUGGAAGAAGCUAAACAAUGCGCCGGUGGAGACCAAUGCUUAUGCUGCUACUAAUAUGAUAAACGGAGGGAUUAAGAAACGGGUAAAGUUUCCGGCCAAGGCAUCAAGAAAGGGGUGUAUGGCCGGGAAGGGUGGGCCGGAGAAUUCAGGGUGUACAUACAGAGGAGUUAGGCAGAGGAUUUGGGGAAAAUGGGUUGCUGAGAUCCGGGAACCGGUUUAUACCUCUGAUGAGUAUCAGAGCAAAGGCGCCCGCAUUUGGCUAGGCACUUUUCCAACCGCCAGAGAGGCCGCUCUUGCUUAUGAUGAGGCUGCAAGGGUUAUGUAUGGCCCCAAUGCCAUUCUUAACUUCCCAGAUUCUCCGGCUUUGGCUAAGAUGUCUGAUUCGAGUAACAAUGUUUAUGCAGCUGAGGAAUCGAUGUAUGUUUGUAUGGAUUCUGCAAUACAUCUUGAGAGUCGAGAUUGCUACUCAGUUCUUGAUUCUGAAUCCAAGCCUAAUCCUCAACCAUUGGAUUUCAGAUCCUCAACAGAAUGUGAUGAGAAUGAGGUUUUCCAUUAUCUCAGAAAAGGCGGCGAAAAUAUAGAGUUAUUGCAGAAGGAACAAGAGGAACAAACACAUGAUGCAGUUAGUGAGAGAGAAUUGCAGUUGCAGGAAGCAUCAAGUUUGUGCAGCAAUACACAAGACGAAGAGGAUUUGGAGGCAGCAUUGUCUCAACUGGUGGACUCUGAUUUUGAUUUCUCAAGCUUUUUUAGUCUCCUUUUCAGCAAGUAGUGUAUGGAAAAGAAUUAAUAUAAUGUGCGAUAUUUUUGCAACUUGAUUCAACUUUAAUUUGCUUAUAUCUCACAUCUAAUUUGGGUA